AUGAUAGUAUUUGAACGUCAUGUUUCUUAUAUCAUAAAUGAAAAUUCAUCUAUUAAUUCAAACAAUAAUAAAGAGCGACAAUAUUUAUCAUUAAUAAAAAUAAAUGAUAUUAAUAAUCCAAUAAAUAUUUAUAGAUUUAAUCAACAUAUGCCAACAAGAAAUUUAUCUUGGAUAGAUGAAUGUAAAAAACGAAUUAAUCAUAUUUUUAAACAAAUUUCUAAAGCACCAACAAGAAUUAAGAAACAAGAUUCAAUGACAACAAUAAAUUUAAUUCAUCAACCAUCAACAUUUAUAUAUGAUCCUGAAAUUGAUUUAUCUGAAGAAUAUA